AUGUCUGCUAUGGAUCUUGUUCACCAGCUUACUAAUUCCAACUCCUCACUUGCACAUAUAAUUACCAACACGCUGAUAGUCAAUCAUGCCUCAUAUUUCCAAAUUUAUGAACAAUUACAACAACAAGCUAUGAUUGUUGAUUCAUUUGCAUCCAAUUUAAAUAUAAUUGAAAAAUUAUGGGCUUCAUGGUAUAUCUAUAUUGAUAAUGAUAUAUUAGCUACUGGGUUAUUAUUUUUCAUUGUUCAUGAAAUUGCAUAUUUCGGAAGAUGUUUACCUUGGUUUAUUAUCGAUAAUAUGGUUCCAUCUCUUAGGAAAUAUAAAAUCCAACCAACCAAGAUUCCAACCAUGCAAGAACAAUGGGAAUGUUGCAAAACGGUAUUAAAACAACAUUUCUUGGUUGAAGCACUUCCAAUUUGGUUAUUCCAUCCACUUUGUUCUCAAUUGAAAAUUACAUUUGAUGUUCCAUUCCCAGGUUGGAAAGUUAUGGCUGCCCAAAUUGCCUUUUUCUUCUUUGUUGAAGAUUUAUGGCAUUAUUCAUUCCAUAGAUUAUUCCAUUUUGGAUGGUUUUACAAGAACAUUCAUAAGGUCCACCAUAGAUAUGCUGCCCCUUUUGGUCUUGCUGCUGAAUAUGCUCAUCCUGCAGAAGUUAUGGCUCUUGGUGUAGGUACUGUUGGAUUCCCAAUUUUGUAUGCAUAUGUUGCCAAAACUUAUCCUCAGUAUGAUUUACCUAGCUUACAUCUUUUUACAAUUACUUUAUGGAUUGUACUUAGAUUAUUCCAAGCAGUUGAUUCCCAUUCUGGAUAUGAUUUCCCAUGGUCAUUGAAUAAGUUUUUACCUAUUUGGGCUGGUGCUGCUCAUCAUGAUGAACAUCAUCAUUAUUUCAUUGGAAAUUAUGCUAGUUCUUUUACUUGGUUUGAUAAGAUAUUUGAAACUGAAUGUGGUACUUUAGCUAAAAGAAGAAGAGAAAAUAAUGCAAAGGUUAAAUCUGAAGAAAGUUACAAGAAAAAGAUUUAA